AUGGAACCACACGAUCAUGGCAACGGCCAAGGCGCAUUCCAGAUCCAUCUAGACGCUGUUGAAGAGCUUACUCGCGACGAUCGUCCAUCUCCCGCGCUCACAGGCAACCCUUUAGGUGCUACUGACAAUCCCCAGGGCGACAGAAAUGCGGCAUCAUCAAACAAGGCACCCAAGCAGCCCCGGAAACCACGAACUCCCAAACAAGGCAUCGCGGAUGCGAGUCUGAAAGAGUUCAAAGAGAUCAUGAUACGAUAUCGCCUCGAUCACUGGAGAGCAAGGGCGCAGAUCGUCCAUGUCAACGGUCAGACUAAUCUGACAGCUUUGUGGAGCCCACAAUGGGCUGGCUUCAAGGUUGCGGACAGCGGGAUGAACAUGUUCGAUGGCUUCGACCGAACGUGGUUUGUACCAUUCGACAUAACGACACCUCUGCCUGCACAAAAGCGGGAGAUCGCAGAGGACCUCCAGAAACGACGCCUUGAACUGGAGGCUGCAUAUCGCACCAAGGUCGGGAGAGACAAGACCUUUUUAACGAAACUGCAGCACCUAAUAGAAGAGGAGGUUAAAGAUACAUGCCAGACGCUGUGGGAGCCCAACGCUUACGAUCCGGACCGGGAGCCAGCAAGAUGGGAUGAUGUGCGAGCAAGCUUUCAGCUUAGUCACUUGGUCACUAUGAUAGCCCAAACUCGCUUGGCUAUUGGCAAAGAACAGCUACCAGGAUACUACCAGGUCAAGGUCCUCGAUUUAGGGGUCGACGGUAAGAUUACUUACCAGUGUGUCAAUCUACCUAGCGAUAUCAGUAUGGAGGGAAUGCUUUCACGAAUGAAGGUCAGGUUUCCCCCCGACAGUGAACAGAGCCAGCAUACUAUCAACGUCUUUAUACAUAGGCUCGAAAUUGUUUGGCAACGUGGAGAUGAAGCACAGCGAAAGAAAGCCAGAGGCUUAUAUCGCCAGCUGCAUGACUUGGUACUCGUGGAGAAACCUGAAAGUGAGAGAUACGCAUGGGUUUUCAAGUUGAGAAGCAAUUCCAAUUUCUGUAUUCCGGCGGGCCGGUUACCAGACCGUCUUCAUACGUGGACAAAGUUGAACGAAACAACCUACCAAGAACUACUCGAAGCUGUACGAGCAAAGAAACACCCGGUCUUUAUUCGAAAAGUUCGACUUCGCCGGUGGUGGCCUGAAGUAGAUGAUCUUAUGAACCAAGCUGAAGUUUUCUUUGGCGAAGCCGGACUGGCAUCUUUUCAGCUUGACAUCGUGGAUGAACUUCUCGCCAGCCGCACCCAGGAAGAAGUCCAACGAGCAGCGAAAACAAAGCAAGCGCUAGACAGAGCAAAGCUUGCGACUAUGGGGAGGCUUGAUUCUCCAAGUAAGAACAACAACGAUGACGAGUUUGGCACUUCUAGACAACGACUCAUGGGAUGA